AUGGAAUCUUCUUUUCCUGAUUUUGUUAAAGAAUAUAUCAAAAAAAUUGAUAAUCGAUGGGUUGUCGCACCAAAUCAUGAUAUUUUUGAAGAAUCUAGUGAUGUAACCACUAAAAAUAUGAACGAUUUAGCGAAGAUUUCCGAAAUUAAAAAUCCUUGGAAAAGGAGUAAACAACUGGAUUCAUGGCAUAUGAUGAUUUCCGAAAUUAAAAAUCCAUUGCAUAUUUGUCUUGUUGUUGGUUUGAUCUUUUUGAUUUUGACGACGUUUCCAUUUAAUAAUAAUACCAAAAAAUUUGAAUCACCAGAAGUUGAACCAGCAAUCGUUUUACUAGGGGAAACUGCGCAUUGGGAAACUAUUUGGGAAAUGGAUCUUGCAAGUUUAUCGUCAAAAAAAGUAGAUAUCCUGUCACCAAAAAUUGCGAAAAAUGCACGAUUAUUAUCGGAGGUCAUACUUACAAUCUUAUUAACACUCUCGGAUUAA